AGUUGCUAGAUAGCCUGAGGGGUGAGCAGAAGGAGGAGGAGUCAGCUGCUUUUGGGGGUCUCCACUGGCAGCGUCUCCUCCCGUCCGGCUGCCUCUCCUCUCUAAUUGUCUCUCUAGCUUGGCCGCUCCUGCAAUGUAACAGCCGCUGCAGCUGCAGUGAGAAUGCGGACUGGCGGAUUCUCCUUGAGUGAACCCUGACGGUGCAGCACGGUGAGAGUUGGCCGCUGAGCCGCGCGCUCCGGGCCACGGAGGAAACACAAGCAGAAGCAUCCAUUACGCCAAAUAAAGUGCUGAGUGUGGCGAAAGGACAUUGUCGCAAAUCUGGCUGUUGAAACGCUUCGGAGUGAAAUUCUUGUAUGGACAUGGACGUCCGUGGGAUCUGGGUCGAUGCCCUGACGCUGGGCCAUCCACACACAACCUUGAACCUGGUCCUCGCACUACUGCUUGUUGUGAAGCCUGCUCAGGCCUUGGAGAUGAUUGUCGGCAAGAUUCCUAUCCUGUACGCCGUCAAUGGCAGCACGGUCAUGUUGCCCUGCUCAUACGCCAGCUGCAUCGGCAUUGAGAACCUUUACUUUAAAUGGGAGUUCAAUAACAAUGGCACCAUGGAAACGGUGUGUGAUGCUGUGAUACCGUCAGAGGGGGUGGUGCCAAAAGUGAAGAUGCAUAAAGAGCGCUUUGAAUUUGUGGGCAAGAAUCAAAACCACAACAUUUCCAUUUUGUUGUGGAACAUCACCUUUGAGGAUGGAGGCCAGUACACUUGCUUUGGACGCAACCCCAAAGAAAAGUUAAAGAACCACAGCGCCAUCUUCACGCUCGUUGUGGUGGACAAGCUGACGGAGGUGGACAACACGCUGACGAUCAUCAUAGCUUCCGCUGUGGGCGGAGCUAUUGCGCUGCUCAUGGGCUUCAUGCUGCUGAAGAACUUCACUCUCUUUGUUCUAUCCAAGCUUGAGGAGAAAAAUAAGGAGUGCCUUGUAACUUCAUCAGGGAUCGACAACACAGAAAACGGCCUCUCAGGAACGAAAGUAGACUCAAAACCCAAACCUACAAAACAGAAAUGAGGACAUGCAUGCAUUUUAGAAACCUUAGGAGUGCUUUUCGUGCCUGCCUGGCUUUGAUUUUCAAAUGUACAUGCUAUGCACAGGAGAAAAGAUUUUAGAUGCUUUUGUCAAACGUGAUUUACACGUAUGAUUCAACCAAAGACACCAAGGUUCAAUAUUUAGCCCUCCUUUAUGUCAAAUUGAAUUAGUUCUCCGCAUUUUUCCUUCAAUACAAAAGCGCUCUUUUUAUUUUUCCAAGCAGGUUUGCUGAACAGGGCUUUACUCAUCAUUAGCGUCAGUGUAAAAUGUAAUAUAAAUGCAAAGUAUGGAUACAUUACAUGCAAAUAUUACAAAAGUAGGGAUCAUCUCACUUGAACUCGACAAUCCUCUUAAUGUCCUACCAGUGUUGCUGCUUUCAUAAAAAACAAUUAAUGCAAUUCAUGCAUGUGACAUGAGUCUGCAUUUAGAACGCUUUAAAAAAAACAAAAACAAAAUACAACGCGGGUUAUAUAUUCUAUUCCACUGACAGUAAUAAUAGUUUUAGCUCUGCGAGGUCAAUUAAUAAAACCUCAUAUACUACAAAAUCAUAUCCUAUUUUUAUGGCCAUGCAUUGUCCGUGUCCAGUCAUGGUUCAUUUGUACUGUAUUAAUCCACGCAAAUGUUUUACCACAGUUAUUUGAAUGGCAAAGCGAAAAAGAUGUUUUGCCCAGUGAAUUGCGAAGUACCUCCGUGACCACGUGACUAGCUCUCAUAUGGGUAGUGUGUUACCAGUGUUCUGCCAGUCGGCGUGUCAAGAUGAGCAACACAUCAGGAAAUCAAUUUACGUUUUAUAUUUAUAGAAUUGCACCUUGAAAAGAUUACCUCUGGAUUGUGAGGCAAACAAAUGCUGGAGGAGAUCAACUAAAGUGUGAAUGGGCAACGGGUGUUACGUCAUCAUCCUGUAGUGGGAUUUUUUAAUUUAUUUUAGAAUACAAAUUAUACUGUGCCUCCAUUCUUUAACCGCUGGCUAUUAGCAAUACUAUAAUAACAGAUGGCUAGGUUGAUAUUAUACGCCAGUGGUUGAUGAAGAAUUCCGUUUGACGGAAAUUGAAAUCAUUUUUUCUGAAAUGAUUCCAGAUUACUGACAACCAUAUUUGUUGAUAUUGUGAUGGACCUCUGAAUGUAGUUCAGUUUGUUUAUGUAUAUUCUGAUGGAGAGGGCAGUGUGACGAUCAUCAGUUCUAUGCAAGUUACAAAAUGAGUGCAUGCUCUGGCUGUAAAAAAAAAAAAAAAAAUUGUAACACUGAUCCUCUGAGUCACUGUGAUGAUAUCGCAAGCAAUACAAUUUAUUAUUAUCUGGAUUAGGAUGUUGGGUUGCAAGGAGAAAGGAGAACAUCCAAAAAGAACCAUCUCGGACCCCAUCAUCAGAAUCUGCAGUGUGCAGACUUGCCCCAUCAUUCUCCAUCGCUGCACGCAAAUAUUCGCCUCUAGCUUGCCCACAGAUGUUAGGCGUUAACCUCUGAACCUGUUUGGUACUGAAAGAACGAAAUAAAGUUUGGAGCAAAAUA